CAGACUCACAGACGAUCAUAGUAUUCACUGCUACGGUAGUUCUUCAAGCUCCGGUUUAAUCGUUUAUUUAUGCUCUGCUACCCAACACCCAUCCAAGUCGUUGAAGAAUGAACACAACAACUCUUGCCUGUGAUGAAGGCCAAUUUAAAUGCCCCACUGCAGCCCUUACAGUUUCCUCCGACGAGGUGGACUCUUAUAAUCAAAACUCACCUCCACCCUCCCCAUCCUCUCUGAGUCCCGGGCUCUCAGAAUCAGCCGCCACAACCUCGGGUUCAGAUACUGAAGAAGAUAUCUUGCCUUUGAUGCCUGAUUCUAAAUCUUCCUACCGUACGGGAUGUGCGCAUAUCCUCCCUCGUAGGUCGCCAACUCUAAGCCAUUUUCAGAGGCAACGCAACCGAGGCUCCCACCCUUACCACCGGCCAUCCCCAAGUUUCGAAGAGGAGUACCUGGGCUCUAAAUUAUUAGGCAGACCCUUUAAUAGUGACGAUUCGUCAGAGUCGAUAAGCUCUAGGGUUAAGGAUGUGUAUACAAGGCAAAUAGAACAACUCUCACCCGAGUCAUUCCGUUAUGCUGUGCACUACAAAGAAGCAGUUCGCGAACGCAAGCGCAUGCGCAUGUUCACUGCGGCAUGGGAACUCGAGGAGACCAAAAGGCUGUGUGCUUUUCUUCAAACAACAAUGGUCAGUUCAGAAAUGGAAUUCGUAGCAGCGAAGGAGGAGUCACGCUGGUUACUUGAUAUGAUUGUUGACCGUCAGAAACUGAGGCCUCUCGAGGCAGAUGCCAGACACGUUGCUGCCGCGUAUGACAGGGACAAAAAAUCUCUUCAUCGAGCUGAUGCAGAGCUGUCCCUUCUAAAGGACAGCAUUAUCGAGGCCGGGUCCUGACGAUGAACGGCCUCACUUUGCUAAGAGUAGCGAAGAUCUCGGUCAAGCAGGAAUUGAUGGAUGAAUUAGGCACUUGUAUUUUAUACGCAAAUGGCCAUACCGGACUUUAAUAAACGCGUUUUCUCACAAUCUUUGCAGUGGGUCCUGAAACGUCAGACUUUCCUGCGAGCGGUAGGAUAGUACUCCUUCAAGUAUCAAAGAAGGACGAGAGCGGUGGAUGAUGUUGGCGGCGAAGUGGGGCUGCUUAGGUUAGCGAGUGGUGAGGAUGUAGAGCAUACCCAGGUAGAUAGGAAUAUGGGAGUAGACUAAAUUUCUUCCACAUGUGCUCCCAGGAUGCUCUUGUGAUGUGCGCACAAAUACCCA